CCCAGAUUGAUGCCGAUGUCGGUGACCGAGUCGUUGUCAACGUCAACAAUCAUCUUGGCAAUCAGUCAACAUCACUUCACUUUCACGGUCUGUUCAUGAAUGGCACAACGCACAUGGACGGUCCUCCUAGUGUGACUCAAUGUGAUAUCCCUCCAGGAGGGUCCAUGACCUAUAACUUCACCGUCGACCAACCUGGGACCUACUGGUAUCACUCCCAUUCUCAUGCACAGUAUUCCGACGGUCUUCGUGGGCCCUUCAUUGUUCAUGACAACGACUUUCCCUACAAGCAUCAAGUCGACCAUGAGUUUGUCAUGACACUCUCGGACUGGUAUCACGAUGAAAUGGCCAUGUUGAUCCCGAGAUUCAUCGCCAAGACAAAUCCCUCUGGCGCCGAACCCGUACCAAAGGCGGCACUGAUGAAUGAGACCCAGAACCUGACCGUCCCCGUGGAACCUGGCAAGACAUACCAUUUUCGCGUAAUCAACAUCGGUGCUUUUGCCGGUCAGUAUCUGUGGAUUGAGGGCCACAAGCUACGCAUAGUCGAGGUCGACGGCGUGUAUACCGAAGCCGCAGAGGCAAAUACCGUGUAUAUCGCUGCCGCGCAACGUGUCAGCUUCCUCCUUACAACCAACAACGACACGACCGCCAACUUUCCCAUUGUGGCGAGCAUGGAUACGACUCUUUUUGACAAGCUGCCUCCGGAGCUGAACUACAACUCCACUGGUUGGCUAACAUAUGAUGAUUCCAAACCGAAGCCGGAAGCCGCUCUAGUUGACAGCUACAACGACUUUGAUGAUAUGAAUCUCGUUCCGUAUGACAGACUUGAGCUUUACCCGGAGCCCGAUAUGGUCGUCGAGCUUAACGUCAUCAUGGAUAACCUCGGCGAUGGCGCUAACUACGCCUUUUUCAAUAACAUCACCUACAGAGCGCCAAAAGUACCGACUCUCUACACUGCGCUUUCUUCGGGUGAUCUCGUCAUGAAUCCGGCCAUAUAUGGAGAGUUUACGCAUCCAUUCGUGCUCAAGAAGGACCAGAUUGUGCAAAUUGUCGUGAACAAUCUGGACUCAGGACGGCAUCCGUUCCAUCUGCACGGGCAUAACUUCCAGGCCAUCCACCGAGGAGCCGAAGCGGUGGGCACUUAUGAGGAUGAGGGCGGUGAUAAAAACCAGACUUUCCCACAGGCCCCCAUGCGGAUAGAUACUCUAGUGCUGUGGCCAGCAGGAAACAUCGUCUUGCGGUUCAAAGCGGACAAUCCUGGUAUCUGGCUGUUCCACUGUCACAUCGAGUGGCACGUCGCCUCGGGCUUGAUAGCAACUAUGGUUGAGGCUCCUGAUGUGCUACAGAAGCAACUCACCGUCCCGCAAGAUCAUUACGACGCUUGCAAGCUUGGCAACAACGACUAUACCGGUAACGCUGCAGCCAACACGAUUGAUUUCCUUGAUCUCAGUGGCCAGAACAGGCCGCCUAAGGUUUUACCUGCGGGGUUCACUCCCCGCGGCAUCGUUGCCCUAGUCUUCAGUUGUCUUGCUGGUAUACUCAGUAUCGCGUUGAUCUCGUGGUAUGGACUUGCACAAACCAUGGAGGAUGUGCCCUACAACGCAACUGCCGAUGUCAGGGAGUCGAGCAGCCCCGGAACCACUUCGGUCCAGAACGUGGAUGCUACUGGCGUGUCGCAUAUAGGUGUUGUUGAAAGAUAGCAUAGCAAAAAGAAGUUGAGACUUCCACCAGACUAAAGCGAUCUUUCUUAGCUUGUCAAUGAUAUUUUUAGGGCUUUUUAAGAAUUUUGAAGGUAUAUCAAUGCC